AUGUCAACACAUAUCAAGCGAGAAAAUAAGAACAAAGCAACCCUAAGCUUAUUUCUGUCUCUCCCCCUAUUCGAAUAUCUCUCUCCUCUUCUGAAGUCGUUCUUAUUUUCCUUUUCGCUAUUCAGGGUUGUUUGGCUUUUGAGGUUGAUUUGGGGCUGCUAUUUUAAUUGGAGGAGAAGAAGACGUUUAAGGAUUUGGGGUUUUAGAAGGAAAGUUGAAGGUUUGGUAGAAACCUGGUACAGGUAA